GUACGUAUUGCCCAGGUUGGAUUCAUACUUUCAAUCUGUUUGACAGGAUUUUGGAGCAUAUAAGUGGCAAUGUCAUGGCACUGAACUCAAACAAGGAUUGUACUGGGAUGGAACUCUUAGAUCUUGUCUUCAAGAACACUGAUGGACUGACUCUUGAGGGGCAAGGUGACCAUGGUAACCAAGGCUGGCUGAUUGCAGAUCAAAGUGCACUCUGUCAUGGGGAAGAUGGGACUGAUAACUUCCUGGACACCCUGCUGGGGGUAACAGAUUCGACCUCUGACUCCCCUCUGUGGGCCUCUUCCCCCUGUGACAGUGGAAUCAGCGAGGACCCUGUCUCCGACCACUUGGACAGCCCCCAAAUGCCUGCUAGCCCCCUGUUCGAUUCCUCCGUUUUCUUCUUCCCUAAUCCUCACCAUCAACAACAACAGCAACAAAAACAACAUAGCCAAUCAAUAACUGAUACCAAAGAGCCAGAUGUGUCCAUUGAUCUGGCUGCGUGGGAGUCAAGUCUAUUCUCAGAUCCACAGUGUACACCUAACACGCAGAGGUCACACCACACCUCACCCUAUCAACUCAGUGUAAAGGACCUUCUACUGUCCAAGAUAGGAGAAGCCCCCAAGCAGAACUCCCCAAACUCUUUACAGGAGCUCACUCUGAGCGAUGACGAGAAGAAACUUCUUGCUAAGGAGGGAAUCAGUCUCCCCAGCCAGCUACCUCUGACUAAGUAUGAGGAGAAGAUUCUGAAGAAGAUUCGUCGGAAGAUUCGGAACAAGCAGUCUGCCCAAGAGAGCAGGAAGAAAAAGAAGGAAUACAUUGAUGGGCUUGAGGGCAGGAUGUCAGCCUGCAGUGCACAGAACCUGGAGUUGCAGAAUAAAAUCUUUCAGCUGGAGAAGACCAACAUGUCUCUUAUGGAGCAACUGCGCAGAUUACAGUCCAUGAUUAUGAACGGUUCCAAUAAGCCGGCUCAGACUAGAACCUGUGUCCUGGUGCUUCUCCUGUCUUUCUCUCUCAUCCUCUUUCCAAGUCUGCAAUCUGUUUCACACAGCAAAAUUAGUGACCUGGGGGACACCAGCAUGGUCAGAGUCCAGUCCAGGUCAUUGCGCUCAGUGGUGGAGGUGGACAGGCUCCAUCCUGUUUUCUCACUGGAGAAACAUGUGGAGACAGCCUCGUCAGUGCUUGCUAAGCUCCAGGUGAAGCCAGGGUAUGCUGACAUGGAUCCCUUACCCCACAAUCGUAGCUAUGGUGACCAGGACCAUCUCCAUGGUGACCCCAUUACUGGUAGAGUGGCCACACUAAGCUGGCUGUCUCAAAUUGAAGCAGGACUUCUUCAAAAGAAAGAAAAGAAAUGA